AUGGGUGCCCUCAAGUACGUGGAAGAGAUCCAGAAGAAGAAGCAGUCCGACGUGAUUCGCUUCCUGCUGCGCGUCCGUUGCUGGGAGCUCCGUCAGCUGAACGCUAUCCACCGUGCUUCCCGUCCUUCUCGUCCCGACAAGGCUCGUCGUCUCGGCUACAAGGCCAAGCAGGGAUAUGUUGUCUACCGUAUCCGUGUGAGACGCGGUGGCCGCAAGAGGCCCGCUCCUAAGGGUGCCACCUACGGCAAGCCCACCAACAUGGGUAUCAACCAGCUCAAGUACCAGCGUGCUCUCUCCGCCACCGCUGAGGAGCGUGUUGGCCGCCGCUGCGCCAACUUGCGUGUCCUGAACUCCUACUGGAUCAACCAGGACUCGACCUACAAGUACUUCGAGGUUAUCCUUGUCGACCCCCAGCACAAGGCCAUCCGCCGCGAUGCCCGCAUCAACUGGAUCUGCAACUCCGUGCACAAGCACCGCGAGGCCCGUGGUCUCACCGCCACUGGCAAGAAGUCCCGUGGUAUCAACAAGGGCCACCGCUACAACAACACCUCCGGUGGUCGCCGCCACACCUGGAAGCGCCAGAACACCCAGAGCUACUGGAGAUACCGUUAA